GAGAAGACCUCAGAGCCCCCGAGUCAGAUACCCUCGCAACCAGAGAAGCAACCUCUUCCACCGAAAGGAAAGCCUCCUCAGAUCAUGAUAGAGACAAAUCCGUUAGUGAGCAGCAAAUUGCCUGCGAUGACAAAGCUUCCGGUCCUACCUGGGGUUGCCUUUACAUUUUUUAGAGCCAGCCUGGGUAAAAAGGUAAGCAGAACAUACAUUUAACAGGAUACAGUAUAGCAUUUAAAAAAAGAACAAGCAUACAGUAGAAUGGAAGAAGGGUCCAGUAGAAUGGAAGAAGGGUCCAGUAGAAUGGAAGAAGGGUCCAGUAGAAUGGUGCAGUAGAAUGGAAGAAGGGUCCAGUAGAAUGGAAGAAAUUAAGAAGGGUCCAGUAGAAUGGUGCAGUAGCAUGGAAGAAGGGUCCAGUAGAAUGGUGCAGUAGAAUGGAAGAAGGGUCCAGUAGAAUGGUACAGUAGAAUGGAAGAAGGGUCCAGUAGAAUGGAAGAAGGGUCCAGUACAAUGGUACAGUAGAAUGGAAGAAGGGUCCAGUACAAUGGUACAGUAGAAUGGAAGAAGGGUCCAGUAGAAUGGUGCAGUAGAAUGGAAGAAGGGUCCAGUAGAAUGGUACAGUCGAAUGGAAGAAGGGUCCAGUAGAAUGGUGCAGUAGAAUGAAAGAAGGGUCCAGUAGAAUGGUGCAGUAGAAUGAAAGAAGGGUCCAGUAGAAUGGUGCAGUAGAAUGGAAGAAGGGUCCAGUAGAAUGGUGCAGUAGAAUGGACGAAGGGUCCAGUAGAAUGGAAGAAGGGUCCAGUAGAAUGGAAGACGGGUCCAGUAGAAUGGUGCAGUAGAAUGGAAGAAGGGUCCAGUAGAAUGGUACAGUAGAAUGGAAGAAGGGUCCAGUCUAAUGGUGCAGUAGGAUGGAAGAAGGGUCCAGUAGAAUGGAAGAAGGGUCCAGUAGAAUGGUGCAGUAGAAUGGAAGAAGGCUCCAGUCUAAUGGUGCAGUAGAAUGGAAGAAGGGUCCAGUCUAAUGGUGCAGUAGGAUGGAAGAAGGGUCCAGUAGAAUGGUGCAGUAGGAUGGAAGAAGGGUCCAGUAGAAUGGUGCAGUAGAAUGGAAGAAGGGUCCAGUAGAAUGGUGCAGUAGAAUGGAAGAAGGGUCCAGUAGAAUGGUGCAGUAGAAUGGAAGAAGGGUCCAGUACAAUGGUGCAGUAGUAUGGAAGAAGGGUCCAGUACAAUGGUACAGUAGAAUGGAAGAAGGGUCCAGUACAAUGGUACAGUAGAAUGGAAGAAGGGUCCAGUACAAUGGUACAGUGGAAUGGAAGAAGGGUCCAGUAGAAUGGUGCAGUAGAAUGGAAGAAGGGUCCAGUAGAAUGGUACAGUAGAAUGGAAGAAGGGUCCAGUAGAAUGGAAGAAGGGUCCAGUACAAUGGUACAGUAGAAUGGAAGAAGGGUCCAGUAGAAUGGUACAGUAGAAUGGAAGAAGGGUCCAGUAGAAUGGUGCAGUAGAAUGGAAGAAGGGUCCAGUAGAAUGGUGCAGUAGAAUGGAUGAAGGGUCCAGUAGAAUGGAAGAAGGGUCCAGUAGAAUGGAAGACGGGUCCAGUAGAAUGGUGCAGUAGGAUGGAAGAAGGAUCCAGUCUAAUGGUGCAGUAGAAUGGAAGAAGGGUCCAGUAUAAUGGUGCAGUAGAAUGGAAGAAGGGUCCAGUACAAUGGUGCAGUAGAAUGGAAGAAGGGUCCAGUAGAAUGGUGCAGUAGAAUGGAAGAAGGGUCCAGUAGAAUGGAAGAAGGGUCCAGUAGAAUGGUGCAGUAGAAUGGAAGAAGGGUCCAGUACAAUGGUACAGUAGAAUGGAAGAAGGGUCCAGUAGAAUGGUGCAGUAGAAUGGAAGAAGGGUCCAGUAGAAUGGAAGAAGGGUCCAGUAGAAUGGUGCAGUAGAAUGGAAGAAGGGUCCAGUAGAAUGGUGCAGUAGAAUGGAAGAAGGGUCCAGUAGAAUGGUGCAGUAGAAUGGAAGAAGGGUCCAGUAGAAUGGUACAGUAGAAUGGGAGAAGGGUCCAGUAGAAUGGAAGAAGGGUCCAGUAGAAUGGAAGAAGGGUCCAUUAGAAUGGUACGGUAGAAUGGAAGAAGGGUCCAGUAGAAUGGUACAGUAGAUUGGAAGAAGGGUCCAGUAGAAUGGUGCAGUAGGAUGGAAGAAGGGUCCAGUAGAAUGGUGCAGUAGAAUGGAAGAAGGGUCCAGUAGAUUGGUGCAGUAGAAUGGAAGAAGGGUCCAGUAUAAUGGUGCAGUAGAAUGGAAGAAGGGUCCAGUACAAUGGUGCAGUAGAAUGGAAGAAGGGUGCAGUACAAUGGUACAGUAGAAUGGAAGAAGGGUACAGUACAAUGGUACAGUAGAAUGGAAGAAGGGUCCAGUAGAAUGGUGCAGUAGAAUGGAAGAAGGGUCCAGUAGAAUGGAAGAAGGGUCCAGUAGAAUGGUGCAGUAGAAUGGAAGAAGGGUCCAGUAGAAUGGAAGAAGGGUCCAGUAGAAUGGAAGAAGGGUGCAGUAGCAUGGAAGAAGGGUCCAGUAGAAUGGAAGAAGGGUCCAGUAGAAUGGUACAGUAGAAUGGAAGAAGGGUCCAGUAGAAUGGUGCAGUAGAAUGGAAGAAGGGUCCAGUAGAAUGGUACAGUAGAAUGGAAGAAGGGUCCAGUAGAAUGGAAGAAGGGUCCAGGAGAGUGGUGCAGUAGAAUGGAAGAAGGGUCCAGUAGAAUGGUGCAGCAGAAUGGAAGAAGGGUCCAGUAGAAUGGUGCAGUAGAAUGGAAGAAGGGUCCAGUACAAUGGUACAGUGGAAUGGAAGAAGGGUCCAGUAGAAUGGAAGAAGGGUCCAGUAGAAUGGUGCAGUAGAAUGGAAGAAGGGUCCAGUAGAAUGGUACAGUAGAAUGGAAGAAGGGUCCAGUAGAAUGGUGCAGUAGAAUGGAAGAAGGGUCCAGUACAAUGGUACAGUAGAAUGGAAGAAGGGUCCAGUAGAACAGUGCAGUAGAAUGGAAGAAGGGUCCAGUGGAAUGGUGCAGUAGAAUGGAAGAAGGGUCCAGUAGAACGGAAGACGGGUCCAGUAGAAUGGAAGAUGGGUCCAGUAGAAUGGUGCAGUAGCAUGGAAGAACGGUCCAGUAGAAUGGAAGAAGGGUCCAAUAGAAUGGAAGAAGGGUCCAGUAGAAUGGUACAGUAGAAAUGAAGAAGGGUCCAGUCUAAUGGUGCAGUAGAAUGGAAGAAGGGUCCAGUAGAAUGGAAGAAGGGUCCAGUAGAAUGGUGCAGUAGAAUGGAAGAAGGGUCCAGUAGAAUGGUACAGUAGAAAUGAAGAAGGGUCCAGUCUAAUGGUGCAGUAGAAUGGAAGAAGGGUCCAGUAGAAUGGAAGAAGGGUCCAGUAGAAUGGAAGUAGGGUCCAGUAGAAUGGUGUAGUGGAAUGUUUAUUUUUGAACCAUUGUUAUCUUGAUUCCUUCAGUUGUAUCAGCCUACAUCUGAUUUCAACCUCAGUGACCCAAACUGUCACAUUAUGAGGCCGACAUACAACAGUUUGCAUGACCCAAACCUCAAUGAAUACUACCAUCAGAAGGAAAUGCAUGACAAGCUUAAGAAGCGAAACUUCAUCACUAAAGAAGACAAUGUAAGUUUUAAGUUAAUAUUGUUGUUUCUGAACAGUGUAGUUGAAGACUGUAAACUUUACUGAUAGUUAACUCCAGGAAAUAGUAUUAUAGCAGGAUACAUUUUGAUUCUCUCUCUCUUCUCAAGGUUGUAUGCUCAUUAAAGGAGUAUAACACAUACAAACAUUACCUAGAUACGGUCAAGACUGACCAUCACAAAACCUACAGCAAAAAUAUGGUAUGUGGGCAGUAUGACUGUGUUUUUAAAUGUGAAUUUCUGUGAAGGUCACACGUUGAGAUCACACAUUAUUUUCACGAGGAAAUGUGAAAUGAUCACUCAUCACUCUAAAAGCAAUGUUAAUGUAACAUGUAUUUAAUCAAGUAGAUAAGUGUUUAAAAUGUACAAAAAUGUUAUUUAUCCUAUUUAAGAAGGAACAGAUGCUGAGAAUGGUUCAGUUGCAAGAGGAAGGCCAUAUCCCUAAGGAUGUUACCCUGGAAGCUAUUAGAGAGUACUUACUGAAAGAAGGAGCUCAGAACCUGAAGCAUCUGCAGUCAACCAUUGGUUCCAGGUAGGCAAGAAGUGCAUGAGGUAAUAACGUAGAGUUAUAUAGGCUCACUCUGUGUUGGCAAUGUCAUGACUCAUCUGUUUAAUGUAUUGAUAGGGACAGGGGACAGAAAUAUGCCCUGCAAACUGCAUGUAAAUGUAAAGAGGAUUGGGUUUUUAAGGAGCGAUCCAGGCUGAAACUCAUUGAAAAGGAUGUGAGGCACGACAUCAACAAGGCCAAGUAUCUGAAAGAGGCCAAAGAAAAGCGCAUCAGAAAGGUACAAAUGUCACACUUUCAUCAUACUUCACAAAACUACCAACAAUUAUUUUCAAGUUUGAAUAAUUCAGAAAAUUAAGAAAUAAUUUUACCUCAACAUUUGUGGGUGCUAAGUUACUAUUUUUGCUAUUUUGGGAUUCUAUAUUAUGUUCUUCACAGAAAAUUAGCAUAAUUGAACAAAAACAGGCUAUUCAGUUGAGGAAAAUGGAAGAGGAAUUGAAAAACCUCCAGGAUUUUGAGAAGUUGAGAGAGGCCACUAUCAAACCAAAUAAGCUGCUGGAAGAAAUAUUUGAAAAUACAGGUAAGAUUUCAUUUGAAUUCAUCACACAGUUAAGCAAUGUUUAAAUGACUAUGCCAAAUGCAGCAUACAAGGAGCAGUUGAAUGUGUUGUGCUGUAUAUCAUUUUGUAUUUUUUUCUGAAUUAUAGCUUCUGCUCAGCCUGCUCUCCCACCUGCUCACUCCAAAACUGUAAAGAAAACAGUUUAUUUGUCAGGUAAGUACAUUUCCUUACUAAAGAACCAUCAUUUCAUUAUGAAAGAUCUUUCGGAGUAUUGUUUGUUCAUAGACAGUGAAUGCUAUAUUAAAUCCAAUGUAAUAUUUUGUGUGUGUUAGUAACAGGGAAAUCUAAGGAAAAGCCAGCCAUGCUACAGAGGAGACCAAGCCUUGCACCACUCCAGAGGAGACCAUGCCUGGAUGGUCUGGCACCGCUGAAGGGUUUCCAAGAACCUGUUUUGAGGAUCUUCAAAGCUAUCGAGGGACAAAGCAUCCCAGACAGAGCUCAGCUGAAAUCUGUGAUCCUCGACCACUUGGGCUCCAAGCUUGUCAGGAAGCAGCUGGCGGAGUCGAUCAGGGAUGAGGUCAAACUGACGAUUCCAGGGUCUACGCCAGUGGCACAAAGGGCUCUGAGUGCCAGAAUCGCUUACGACGUGUUGAAGUGCGUCUCUCGAGCGGCCAAUCCUAGCAAUGAACCUGCCUGCAGACUCCGUGGGGGAAACCCAAUCAAACCCAACGCUAAAGCAGAUGAUCCAGAACCAGAGGAGCAGAUGGCCAACGGAGAAGACAUAAACACAUAUGUGACAAUGUUGAUCACUGACGUUCUGGAGGAAGUCCAGGAGCAGGUUAUCGUAAUGAUCCGAAAAGACUCCCCUACCCAAUUCAGAGUUGUCUCUGCAAAGGCCAGCCAAACAGCCAUUGAUGUGGUAAGCAAUGUUUUGGAAGACAUUAGAGACUUAUUAAAUGAGGAAAACAUUGAAGAGCUUGCACUAGAAAGUGAUGCUGAAGAAGGCACCUCAGGGCUUUCAGACAGCCAGCCACCUGCAAUGACUGCAUUAAAAAAGGCAGACCCCGAGAACCGCCCAGAUUCCUGUACAAAACUAGAAGGUGUCGCCUGUGACCUUAUUAGCACUGCAUAUGACAGCCUCCUAUUCGAGCUGGCUUUUCCUGAGCUUCAGGGUGAAAGAGAUGAACAACCAAGUACCUCAAGGGCUAUCAGAAGUAACAUACAAAUCUCUUUUGUAGAAAAAGCUCCUUCCCUGACUCUGGAAAUACUUCCCACGGAGCCAGUGAUCUCAUCUUUCUCCAACUCUCCCAGUUAUGGAAUGGUGUUUUCGUCUGACACUUCAGAGGUUGCAGAAAACAACAGUAAGACAAGCAUACCAGAGGCCUCUGCAGUUGCAUCAACCUCGUCCCAGGAGACGUAUACCACAACCACUGUGGAAUGCAAAGAAGAAAGAAUAGAGAAUGGUAACACCAUUGACACAGACAACGCCCUUUCUGUCCCCUCAGUCAAUACUGAAGAAGUUGUUUCAAGGCCUAUUCUCAUACACAAGGUGAAGAAAGAAAAUGCAGCCACCAGAAGCGGUUCUCUUCCUAACCUGUAUGGACUUGUUGUGGAUGCAGUUAUGGACCACUUCAGCAAAGAACCCUUCAGAGACAGACUGGCCCAAUCAGUGAAGAAUGAGGUGAGACGCACCCUUUCUAUGCCUGAAUUUGGAUUGUUAAACCUUGAAAUUGAUAAUUACUUUGAGAGGAAAAUACUAGAGGAUAUGCUGAAGGAAGUAUCCCGAAAGUGCGGAGGACAAAGCUCUAGCACCGUGGCUGAAAACGCUACAGAUGAAGAAGAGUUCUCCAGACUAGAAUCUGCUGCAGCACAACUGAUACAGAAAGUUAUCCAGGAGGUCAAGACAAAGUUUGUCGUCAAGAUCAGGAAGGGUUCUCCCAAGAGAUGUCUAUCCCCAAAAGUAAGCCAAUAUAUUAAUAUGUUGUAUGUACUGUGAAAUGUAUGCAACAUUUUGUAUGUGCUGUGUGAUGCUAUGACACUUUUCCUACAAGGGAAGUCAUGUACACUGAGUAUAAUAAACAUUAGGAACACCUCCAAUGCUUCCCACGGUUGUCAAGUUGGCUGGAUGUCCAUUGGGUGGUGGACUAUUCUUGAUACACAUGGGAAACUGUUGAGCGUGAAAAACCCAGCAGCGUUGCAGUUCUUUACACAAACCGGUGUGCCUGGCACCUAGUACCAUACCCCAUUCAAAGGCAAUUAAAUGUUUUGUCUUGCCCAUUCACCCUCUAAAUGGCACACACAUACAAUCCAUGUCUCAAUUGUCUCAAGGCUUAAAAAUAGUUAUUUAACAUGUCUCCUCCCCUUCAUCUACACUGAUUAAAGUGGAUUUAACAGGUGACAUCAAUAAGGGAUCAUAGCUUUCACCUGGAUUCACCUGGUCAGUCUGUCUUAAUAUUUUCUAUACUCAGUGUGUAUUUGUAUUGAUGUUGAUGUAUUUAUCUGUGUUGAUGGUGAUCUGAUUGAUUGUUGAUGUACACUGCUCAAAGAAAUAAAGGGAACACUUAAACAACACAAUGUAACUCCAAGUCAAUCACUCUUCUGUGAAAUCAAACUGUCCACUUAGGAAGCAACACUGAUUGACAAUACAUUUCACAUGCUGUUGUGCAAAUGGAAUAGACAACAGGUGGAAAUUAUAGCCAAUUAGAAAGACACCCCCAAUAAAGGACUGGUUUUGCAGGUGGUGACCACAGACCACUUCUCAGUUCCUAUGCUUCCUGGCUGAUGUUUUGGUCACUUUUGAAUGCUGGCGGUGCUUUCACUCUAGUGGUAGCAUGAGACGGAGUCUACAACCCACACAAGUGGCUCAGGUAGUGCAGCUCAUCCAGGAUGGCACAUCAAUGCGAGCUGUGGCAAGAAGGUUUGCUGUGUCUGUCAACGUAGUGUCCAGAGCAUGGAGGCGCUACCAGGAGACAGGCCAGUACAUCAGGAGACGUGGAGGAGGCCGUAGGAGGGCAACAACCAAGCAGCAGGACUGCUACCUCCGCCUUUGUGCAAGGAGGAGUAGGAGGAGCACUGCCAGAGCCCUGCAAAAUGACCUCCAGCAGGCCACAAAUGUGCAUGUGUCUGCUCAAACGGUCAGAAACAGACUCCAUGAGGGUGGUAUGAGGGCUCUUCACAGAUGAAAGCAGGUUCACACUGAGCACAUGUGACAGACGUGACAGAGUCUGGAGACGCCGUGGAGAACGUUCUGCUGCCUGCAACAUUCUCCAGCAUGACCGGUUUGGCAGUGGGUCAGUCAUGGUGUGGGGUGGCAUUUCUUUGGGGGGCUGCACAGCCCUCCAUGUGCUCGCCAGAGGUAGCCUGACUGCCAUUAGGUACCGAGAUGAGAUCCUCAGACCCCUUGUGAGACCAUAUGCUGGUUGCGGUUGGCCCUGGGUUCCUCCUAAUGCAAGACAAUGCUAGACCUCAUGUGGCUGGAGUGUGUCAGCAGUUCCUGCAAGAGGAAGGCAUUGAUGCUAUGGACCGCCCGUUCCCCAGACCUGAAUCCAAUUGAGCACAUCUGGGACAUCAUGUCUCGCUCCAUCCACCAACGCCACGUUGCACCACAGACUGUCCAGGAGUUGGCGGAUGCUUUAGUCCAGGUCUGGGAGGAGAUCCCUCAGGAGACCAUCCGCCACCUCAUCAGGAGCAUGCCCAGGCGUUGUAGGGAGGUCAUACAGGCACGUGGAGGCCACACACACUACUGAGCCUCAUUUUGACUUGUUUUAAGGACAUUACAUCAAAGUUGGAUCAGCCUGUAGUGUGGUUUUCCACUUUAAUUUUGAGGGUGACUCCAAAUCCAGACCUCCAUGGGUUGAUAAAUUUGAUUUCCAUUGAUAAUUUUUGUGUGAUUUUGUUGUCAGCACAUUCAACUAUGUAAAGAAAAAAGUAUUUAAUAAGAUUAUUGCAUUCAUUCAGAUCUAGGAUGUUAUUUUAGUGUUGCCUUUAUUUUUUUGAGCAGUGUAUUUGGAUUGUUGAUGUGGAUGCUUCUAUGUUCAACACCAAGAUACAUUUCUAGUGUCAUUAGUUCAGUGGUGGAAAAAGUACCCAAUUGUCAUUCUUGAGUAAAAGAAAAGAUACCUUUUUUAAUAGAAAAUGACUCAAGUAAAUGUGAAAGUCAUCCAGUAAAAUACUACUUAAGUAAGUAAAAGUCUAAAAGUAUUUGGUUUUAAAUAUACCUAAGUAUCAAAAGUAAAAGUAGAAAUCAUUUCAAAUUCUUUAUAUUAAGCAAACCAGAUGGCACCAUUUUUUUGUUAUUUUAAUUUACGGAUAGCCAGGAGAACACUCCAACACUCAGACAUAAUUUACAAAUGAAUCGUGUGUUUAGUGAGUCCGCCAGAUCAUAGGCAGUAGGGAUGACAAGGAAUGUUCUCUUGAUAAGUGCGUGAAUUGGACAAUUUUCCUGUCCUGCUAAGCAUUCAAAAUGGAACGAGUACUUUUGGGUGUCCGGGACAAUGUAUGGAGUAAAAAGUACAUUAUUUUCAUUAGAAAUGUAGUGAAGUAAAAGUUAGUAAAGUACAGAUACUCAAAAAAGCUACUUAGGUAAAAAUACUUUAAAGUACUACUUAAGUACUUUACACCACUGCAUUUGUUACAUGGCGAUAAAGUAUUCUGAUUCUAUCUCCAAAGGCAAGCAGAACAGCCAUCAAUGCUGUGAGCAGUCUUCUGGGUGACAUGGAGACAACUGUGAUGGCCAGUGUUCCACGGUCUCAUACUACUUCCAGAGCAGGUAUGGAAGGAAUGCUCUCUGAGGCAUCAGGCGAGCACCCAGCGAAAUCAAUGGCCUCUGCAAAAGUUGAGUUGAUUGCUGAUGAUUUAGUGGAAGAUGUCAUUGAUAUGUGCAGUGAAAUGAUUUUAGACGGCCAGCCACUAGGCCUACUACAUGAUGAUCCUGAAGAAGGUCCAUCAAAUGUUGUUGUUCCUGGACCAAUUCAGAGCAGCCUAUCUGGAUCUGAUGAAUGCCACACAAAAUCACAGGUCCCUGCAGUAAAGAUUGAAGACCAUGAGGUAAAGACAAUUUUGAUCCAAGAGCCAACGCUCAUAUCUCCAGGUGAGAAGAAUACUGAUGAGAAAAGAGUCAUUAGAGUAAGUUAUGUAUUUGACUCAUCCCCUAGAAGGAAAGCUCACCAGGCCACCAGAAGGACCACUUUCCCUAACCUCUAUGUCACCCUUGUGGAUGGAGUUCUGGACCAAAUUAGCACAGAGCCUUUCAAAGAAAUCCUGGCCCAAUCUGUGAGGAAUGAGGUAAGACGUUCUGUCUCUUUGCCUCAAUUUGGAUCGGUGAACCUCGAAAGCAAGGAUUGCUCAGAGAGAGAAAUUAUUGAGGAUAUGUUGAAGAGUGUAUCCAGAAAACUCAGUAAAGACCAGGCCUGUCAGCCGACCAAGAAAGCCAGUGAGCCCAUGAAUGCCAAUGUAAAUGCCAUUUCACCUACCCCCAAACUACAGUCUACUGCCAAAGACCUAAUCAUCAAUGUUCUGGAGCAUGUCAAGACUAAAAUAAUCGAUAUCAUUAGACAAGAUUCUCCCAACAGGGCGAUUUCCCCCAAGGCAAGCCAGACUGCCAUCAAUGCUGUCAGCAACAUUUUGGGUGCUAUGGGAACCUCUCUCAUGGCAAGCAACAAAUCGUUUUUUCCUGAUGUGGCUGGACUCCAGCCUGACCUAGAUGAUGUACAAUCUUACUCAACUGAAGCUUUUGAGGGAUAUCCAGGGAUCUGGAUGUCAUCCCCAAAGAUGGAAUAUAUUGCCUCAGGCCUCAUGGACACUAUCUGUGAGGACCUACUGGAUGAGGAUGGUUUCCUCAGAUGGAGCGCUGGUGCAAGAUCCUCACAGCAAGACCUUGAUCUUCAGAAGGUAAUUACUUCAAAACCAGCAUCCCCAGUCAAUUCCAUGCCUGUCAAAAGAUGCCUGUCAAUGUCCUACCUUGAUGCUUUGAAGAAUCCUGAAGACACUGACAAUGCUACUCACCACAGUAGAAGCCUUGAUUCUCUCUCCGUAAUUGGUGUGCCUACUUCAACCUUAGAGGAAGUUUCAUAUGGCACAGAAUUGAAACUGACUCAGUCGCGAAAGGAUGUCUCUGCAUCAUCCUCACUUUAUGCCAUGAGCAACUGUUGGAGCGCAUUGGAGUAUACCUCCAGUGUGUCUGAUAUCCCAAUUUACGAAGAGGCCGAAAGGAUUUCCUCCACAGACGAAGAAGACGGUGUGUCCAAAUCCCCAGUACCAAUCCUCCUGACCUCUUCCAAAUCAGUCUUCAAUGUCUCUAGCCUCGUCCCUACUCCUCCAGAGGUAAAGCCGAAGGUGAGGCUGCCAUGGCGCCCAGUGCUUUGCCUUAAGAAGGUUCCACAGCAGCCCCCCAACAAGAUGCACAUUUACACAGUUUACAGGGAUCCUUUUCAUUUCCCCCCUGAGACAAUGCGAUCGACCAGUCCAUCGUCAUCCGAGGGAGGCUCCUCAACUCCAGAGUCCCAGAGGCCAAGGUAAGACUGUCUUUCUCAUAGUCCUAAUCUGAAAAGCUUUUUAGCACCUAGCCCCACUGUUGAUAUUUUAACUGCCUUGAUUCUAAAUGUUUUUAUUUUGGUAUUUUAAGUAGAGUUUUGAGAACUCUGUUAUGAAAAGCGCUGUACAAAUUAAAUGCAUUUUUUAUUUUUUAUUAAGAGUGGUCGACAGCUCAGACAAGGAGUCCAUCUUUAAGAUAGACUCGUCCGAAAGACUCGUCGCAGAGAUAAUGCUGUCUGUUCGUGAGGAUGUUGUUGAGGCAAAGCGGAGCGAAUUAGCCGGACAUUUGGCUGCGCUGUCGUCUGACAAUGAGAUGCCCAGCACUUUGGCUCAGAUUCGGAGGACACCCCGUGCCGAUUCACCAACUGCCUCCAACACCUCUCCUCACAGCAAGAGUGAUAACUGA